CCUAACUGGUUCCCCACUUAAAAUCAACCAAAAACCAUCCGAAAACUUGAUUUUCCGUAACCCACCAUCCUCUCCAAUGCACCCUUCGUUGGUUUUUCUCUUCCUCUUUGAUCCUGUGUGCUGUUUCUUCAUCCUUUUAGGACACACUAGUGCACUUGUUCAGUUCCCUCUCUUGUCUCGGUUGAAUGAUGCAUACGUUGAGCUGCCGCCGUUUCAAGAUGCGAUGCCAGAGAAGCAACCCGAUGCUCCUCCAUCAGUAGUCAGUUAAUGUUGUCUUAUUUUAAGCAACCGUUUGGGAUUCAAUGGAUCUUUUAAAUAGGUGGUGAUCCGAAGUAAGGCUGCAAAAUUUCGUAACUCUGCAGAAACUUAUGGAAGUGAUGGAAUAAAGUUGUAGACUAUAUGAAGAUACAUAGUUUUUAAGACCAUAUGGAAUGUUUAUUUACAAUAAUAAAGUGCAACUUGUGUU